UUGAAAAGUUGCUUAGAACUGGCCAUUCUAUAACAUGUUAAAACGUUAUGAAAACUGAACCACGACCUUAAAGCUUCAGGCAAGGAAGGCUGAUAAUAUAUAUAAUUGUUUAUAGAAUAAAGUAUAUUUGAGACUUUCGUAGUUCAAUUUCAGCAUGGAAAUUCCGAAUACUGUUCAACUGUAAGGUUGACGUAAAUGCAGCAUGUAGAGAAAGAACAAACAGCCGGAGGCUUGCUGAGAAGGAUGUGCCCUGGAUGUGUGUGCCGCCUGGCAGUGCCUGUGUGUGUCAGGAGGAACAGCGUGUUUUACAGCAGUUUGGCAGCAGUGGGCGCUCGAAACAGCAGUGGAUAGAGGAAAGAGGUGUGUGCGUGUUUGCAGGCAGUAGGCAGUUAGAGGGUAACACAAAUCACCCAGCAGCACUGACAGUGCUCACGACUCUCCUUUUAGCCUAUCAACCAGCAUUACACUCCAAGCCAUUCACAGAAGCAGCCGAAUAUUAUCAGGCUCUCUUCUUCCUGAGGAUCGAACUGCGAGAGGAUGAUGUUGAAGGGUCAGCCGCUGCCUCCUACCCCCCCUUGCCCGUUCAGUCUCCCGUCGAUCCCUUAUUUCUGACUUGUCAUUUAUUUGUGCUUUGAUGUCCCAUUUGCACCUGACGCCUGGCAAUGGCAGUUCUCCUUGCUCUGAUCAUGUCUUCUUUAUUCAACCUCAGCUUUGCCUUUAGCUCCCAUUUCGACUCCGGUAAGUUUUAAGCUGCUUCUUCCUUUCUCAUUCCUUUAGAAUUGAUGGAAUUUAUUAUUUGCCUUUAAUCCUUCCCUCCUGAGAUCCUAGUGACAAACCCCAGACUCCCCUCCCCCGCUUUCUGCAUAUCCCUCCCCUCUGCGGAUUGAUUGGGGAAGCAGGAGAGCAGAGGUCUGGACGAAGAGCCCUGGUACCUGCUGCCUCUCUACUCUCGUUUUGCUGUGGCCCUUUGUAUCAAGUGAGCACUAUCCGCGCAGCCCAAUGCUGUAUUCCAGCCAGGGGAGGGGACCCUGUGGCUUGGGGAUUGUAAAGGCAUCUUCUGCACAAUGACAUGUGCUGGGAAUUAAGCGCUGUAUGUUAUUGGCUGCUACUGGAUCAGACACACAAUUUAUCUUAGAAUGGACUGAAGCAUCAGAGGAGGAAAUCCAGACGGAACUCAGCUGAGUGAGCUGUCCUGGCCAUCUUCUCUGGCAGUAGUGGCAGUUUCCUUCUCUGGGAUCAUCACCUUCAUCUUCCUGAUGCUGGCCUGUUUGUGCUGCAAAAAGGGGGACAUUGGCUUCAAGGAGCUUGACAAUGUGGAAGGAGAAGAUAACAACACUGAACUCUCUAUCCAGAGCUCUCCAGCUGCACAGAAUGGACCUGAGGUUUAUGUCCUUCCGCUUACAGAAAUUUCAGUGCCAAUGUCCAAACAGCCAGGGAGAUCAGUUCAGCUUCUCAAAUCCACAGACCUGGGAAGGCAGAGCUUGCUUUACCUGAAGGAGAUUGGUUUUGGCUGGUUUGGAAAGGUCCUACUCGGGGAGGUAAAUUCUGGACUGAGCAGCACCCAGGUGGUGGUAAAGGAGCUGAAAGUUAGUGCCAGUGUGCAAGAGCAGAUGCUGUUCCUAGAAGAGAUACAGCCCUACAGAGUGCUUCAGCAUGCCAAUGUGCUGCAGUGCCUUGCCCAGUGUGCGGAGAUCACCCCCUAUCUGCUAGUUAUGGAAUUCUGCCCAUUGGGGGACCUCAAAGGGUAUCUCCAGAGUUGUGCUGCCUCUGAAUCAACAGCCCCAGACCCCUUGACUCUGCAGAGAAUGGGUUGUGAGGUGUGUUGUGGGCUCCUCCAUCUACACAAGCAUAAUUAUACUCACAGUGACCUUGCCCUUCGGAACUGUCUCCUGGCCGCUGACCUGUCUGUGAAAAUCGGGGACUACGGAUUGGCACACUCCAAGUAUAGGGAUGAUUACCUUGUGACGUCGGAUCAGCUGUGGGUGCCUCUGCGCUGGAUUGCUCCGGAGCUCAUCGACGAGGUGCAUGGAAACUUGCUGGUGGUGGAUCAGACCAAGGCCAGCAACAUCUGGUCAUUGGGCGUUACUCUUUGGGAGCUAUUUGAAUUUGGAAAGCAGCCAUACCCGGAGUAUUCUGAUCGCCAGGUCCUCUGCUAUGUCAUCAAGGAACAGCAACUCAAGCUGCCCAGGCCUCAACUUAAACAUCUGCACUCGGACCGCUGGUUUGAGGUAAUGCAGUUUUGCUGGCUGCAGCCUGAGCAGAGACCAACUGCAGAAGAGGUACAUCUUCUACUUUCUUAUCUGACUGUGAAGGGAGCCAGCGAGCUGGAGGAGGAGUUUGAGAAACGGUGGAAUUCUAUGAAGCCCACUGGUGGGUCAGGCAGUUGUAGUCAUCAUGAGGCUGAACUUUCUUCAUACCCACUGCUUGAGCACUUCUCCUCUGAUGGAUUUCACACUGAUGGAGAUGAUGUGCUCACUGUUACUCAGACUAGCCAGGGACUAAACUUUGAAUAUAAAUGGGAGCGUGGAAAACAUGAACAGUACCCUCUAAAUCCAGGUUGUCCACCAUAUCAAGAUAUGUACAUCACUUCAAGCACUGAGAAAAGACUUAGCCAAGGUGUAUCUCCAUCGUGUUAUGAAAAUAAGGAGGGUAAUUCUGGUCCUUAUCCACAUGAAGUAGUGCCAGUUUUUAGUGCUCACAGUCCAUCAGUUGCAGGAGAUUAUUAUAUUUGUAUUGAAGAACCUUUAAACAGCAAUAUUCACCGAAACUGCAGCCCACAAUAUGGAGAACACCCUACACAAGAAAAUAAGUAUACUGAGAGGGCGAAUCUAAGUAACAAUAGCACUUCUAUUUCUUUAUCUAUGGAGCCUUUGAUGGUUGAAACAAUCUGCAGUGAUAAACAGGACAAGGAGCUGCACAGACAGGUUCUAGAGCAGGACUAUGAAUGUUCUAAAGGGGCUGAUACAGCAGAAGAGAAAAUUCUGUGUGAACCCUCUAAAGAAGAAGAAUUUUGCUCAGUUGUGUUUGUGGACCCCCUUGGAGCCUCUCCAACUUUGAAGCAGCUUUGUCAGGCUAGUCUAGGCUCAGCAGUGUUUAAGAAUUUAGAAUCUGAAGAUAAAAUAUCUAAUGUUUGUAAAACACAGCUAGAUUCUGCAACACUAAAACUUGAACAUGAAGGAGAAACCCAACAGUAUAAUGAAUUUAAGGAAGAUCUACCUACUGUGACCUCUAACUUAGUGGCAUUUUCCCCCCACUGGGCUUCAAACAUCUCCUCAAACAAUAAUAUCUCCACUGCUCCCCUUGACUUUAGUUCUGCAUCCUGGUGCAAUCGCCGUUCUAGUGAUUCCCAAAAAGUGGAUAAAGAACCCUAUGGUCCUGAAUCAUGGCAGAAUAUGGAACCAGGAGAAGGAGAACCUGCAGGUAGUUUAGCAGAGUUAGAAUGCCACAAUAAAACUGUGGCUGAUGGUGAAGAAUGCAGAGACUGGUUGGAAAAAACCCUGAACAUAUCUUUAACUCCUUCAGAAGAAAAAAUGAUUGAUUUAAAAAUAACCCACACAGAUUAUACAGAACCCCUUCUUUCUCCUAUGGAGUGUCCAACUAAUGCUGAAAGAGACUCUGAGCAUAAAACUGAUCCACGUGGUGCUAGUAUAAUAGGGUACUGUACUGCCCAUGCACAACCUGAAGCCAUGCAUUCUUUUGAUAUUUUCAAAGAGGGGGAAUCAUUUUCUGUCUAUCAAGAGAUCUGUUCACCUGUGUUAACAGAUGAAUUCAGUGGUCAAGGUAUUUCACCAAUCAAAGAAAGGGAAAGCCCUGAGGAAUCAUUCCCUACAGAUUUAUAUCAGAAUGAGAGUGAUGAUGAAGACACAAUGGAGAUUACCUCAGGGGUCUUCACAGAUCUCUCCAGUGAAAGGGGUGAUAUUGUUCAACCCUUUAGAUCUCUUCAGAAGCAGGUUGGCACUCCCGAUUCUUUGGAUUCUCUGGAUAUGCCAUCGACUGGCAGUUCCUGUGAGGCCUUCAACCUUGGAGCCUACACCUGUGGGCAGCACAAAGCUCUGGAUAGUGGCUAUGAUACUGAAAACUAUGAGUCACCAGAAUUUGUACUGAAAGAACCUACAGAUAGCAGAGACACUGAUGCCUAUUACCAGAUAAAUCAAGCCCACGAAACUGACCUUGGGUCAGAAGAAAUGACAAUAUCUAGAUCAGUAAGCAGUGAUCUACAAGGCUUGGAUGCCAAAAAUCCAUACAGAGACUCUGCAUACUUCUCUGAUUAUGACUCUUUUACCCGGGAAGAAGAAGAAGUUGAUGGUGAUCAAGAAGUGGAGGGUGUGACCAAGGAAAAAGAUUCUUUGGAGGUUCACAACUCCAAUUUAGAUACAUACUCUGAUGACAAAAAAACUGAUACAAAGAGUUCUGUAACAUGUCAGGACCAGGAACUCCCAGAUAACAGUUCAUCACUACCUACUCUACUUGUGCCACAAGAUUGUGUGUUAGUUCAGCCCCAGCUCAUGGUGGGGCAAGAAUCUGUGGAUGAAGGGCUAGGUCUUGAAUGUCAGAAAGAACACUCUAUUGAAAAACGUUCUCCUUUGCCUUCAAUUGUAGAGUCAUCUUCACACAGGACCUUCACACUGUCACCAGUUCAGUUGUGCCUGCCAAAAGAAUGCACUAUUAAGCAAGGGAAUCUGGGUAGUAUCACCCUCACCACUGGCCUUCAAAUGGACGAAAGUGUGAUUUCUUGCAGCAAGGACUCGCUGAGCACUCGCCACGUUGCAAAAUGCCUUUCCCCUCCCUUUCCUCGUAAAGAUGGUAAAGGGGGUGCUUCUCUGGAUGAAGAGGAUGAUGAAGAAAGUGAAGAUAGUGAUGACUCUGAUGAAGAACUCCGCUGCUAUAACAUACAAGAGCACAGCGAGGAGAGUGAGGAAGAACAUGGUAUAGUUCCCAUCGUCAUAACAGACAAUGGCAGCUCUGGACAACUUAGAAGUCUUCUGAAGAUACCCAGCUUCUUACCUGAACCAGAUUUCACUGAGUUUGACAGGAAGAAGAAAGUGGUUUCCUUUUAUGAUGAUGUCACUGUUUAUUUGUUUGAUCAGGAAAGCCCAACACGUGAGCUAGCAGACCAGGAUUUCCCAGAAAUGCCUCCAAGUAAUGGACAAAGCACUGUGCAGCAGGAAGUGGAACAGAGAGCAUGUAUGGAGCCUGGGGACAGACCCCUUCUAGAAGAAAAAUGUGUUGGGUUUGAGUGGCAAGACGACUUUCAUCUCACAAAAUUGAGAGCCUCGUUUGUAACUUCCCUGUCACCAGCUAUUGUAAAGUCAGAGAACAACAGCCUCCCUGCCCCUGUUCCCAUCCAGAAGCCAGCACUGCCUGUUCAGUUUUCUAGAUUUAGCGUGUCUCCGACCUCGCUCUCCCGCUUCUCCAUAACUCAAGUGGCUGAUUCUGACUUGAAAUCUGUAGGAGCAGGAAAUGGGGACCCUGGAGAACGUGUCUAACAAGGAGCACAUUUUUAUUUUAGCGCUCAUAUCCGGGCAUCUGAAGCUCAGGACUGGAUGACACAGACCGCAGAGUUGUGGGUUAAUCGGAAUUGUUUUUUUUUUUUUGAACUGAUGUUCUGUUUGCUGCUGUCCAAGAAAUCUUUCCGUAACCUACCACACACAUGCACUCAGUUGUGUGUAUGCCUUGUGUACAUGCCUGCCAGUGUGUUUGUGUGUGUGAUUGUUGUUUGGGUGUUGAGCUAUGGUUUGCACUCAGGCGUAUGCACAGACAUUUAUCUGUAUAUUGCAGUGAGCUAUGCUGUAUGAGAAAUUUUAUUUUUGGAUGUGUGUGUAUAUAUAUAUAUAUAUAUAUAUAGAUAUAUAUAUAGAUAUAUAUAGAUAUAUAUAUAUAUAUAUAUAUAUAUAUAUAUAUAUAUGUUUGUAUGUGUUUUAAUUGUGAUCAUAUGUAUGUACAUACUGCACUGUUAAUAUAUGCAUUCCUCAUGACUACUUUUGCAAGGGCAUCCUUAUUAUGAUGAAGGCAGAUUUGUAAGGCUUCUGGGACCACAGACUGAUUAAUUGUACAUAGUGGGGUUUUUUUUAGCCUUUUAUCUCUUUUCCCUGGCUUUUCAACCAUCAGGAAGCCUAGCCAGUCUCCCAGCUUGCUCUCUAUAGACUCCUGGAAGAUAUAAAGUCCCAAUAUCUGCAAGAAAGCAAUCCUCAUGUGGCACUGAUAUCAGCCUUCGAUAUGCUCCACUCUGUGCAGCUUGGCAUGUCUUCCGUGUGUGUAUCCGCCACUGAUAUUUCCAUGGACAGAAGGGUGCCCACAAAUGUAUUAAGUGGAGAAGUAUAACUGACUCCUUUAUUUUUGGCUUUGCACGGCACUGCUAUAAAUGAAUGAACUGGCUUAUCGCUGAAUGCUGAAGUAGCAAAUUUAUAUAUAUAUAUAUAUAUAUAUAUAUAUAUAUAUAUAUAUAUAUAUAUAUAUAUAUAUAUUGUAUUCUUUCACCUAAUCUGGAUGAAAAUAUGCCCUUUGCUGAGGGUCCAUCCAUAUCACUGAUGGACACAAAGCAGUGAAGUAUUCUUGGUAAAUCAUUUCAGAAUUACUGGCUACUACAGAUUGAUACUUUCAGCUGCUGGGCAUUAUGGGAGCAUUCAGAUACUUAUGUUUAAAGUCUGGGGGGCAACACAGCACAGGUCGAACAGAAUGGCUGGACCCCACUAACUUGUACAUUGCAUAGCAAGAAUACAUCAGCAAAUACUGAUAUAUUGCUAGAUCUGUCUGUACAUAGAUUGCAUAGAUGGAUGGAUGAGAUUAUUUAUAUUUUGUAACAGAUUGUAAAUUAACAAUUUAUCCUACUGUUUGUGGGUUAACAAAGGUGUGAAGCCAGACUUUCUCUCCUAUGUAAAAAAACAUGAAUUGUACAACUAUUUGAGACACCUACAUUGAUGUUAUGUGAAAUGUCUUGUCUUUUCUUCUAUUCCAAAGGUUGAUAAAUUAGCUAAUUGGAGUAUGGGGCCUCUCUAAAGGCCUGCUGAGCAAUACCUGGCCAAAAAUCAGCCAGAUAUCUGCUGAACACGUUAGAAAUUCCUUUUGGAUGAGGGUGGACUUUAUUUGUACAUAACGAUCAGAUCAUUCCCAUUUGGCCUGAUGCAUUGUUAUUUCUUUAACAGAGGAGAAAACGACUGUUCAUGUUGGCAGCAUGCAUUAUUCCCUCUCUACCUAUGUUCUUACUUAUUUCAGCUGUCUCUUCGCUCAUGAUUCAAAUGCAAUUAGUGCAGCCAAACAACCUGCAUUUAUUUAAAGAGUACCUGCAUUUUUCUGAUGACCUGCCAACUUUAGCUUAUAGUGACUUAUGUAUGAUUUAUUGCAGCUUCCUAGAAAAAAUAUGAAUACUAUUGGGACAUUAUUUUUCUGAUGAAAAGAUUGCAUAUUGACAAAUGCUGUAAAUGUGCCAUUUGUGUUGGAAUUUAAAUGGUUUGUUAACCUUAUAAUUCAUUUUUAAUAGCUUAAGGAUCUUUUGCAGUACAGAGAGAUAAGCAGCAGCCACUUGCAUCUGCCUAAAACUAGUUAUUAUUUCUCACUGGGUCAAAAUGAUAAAUGCCUUCUAUGAAUUUAAACAUAUUAAUUAAAAGACUGCUGUUUUUGCAA